GAGUCAAUUUAAUUUUCUGUUUCGGCAGAACUCUUUCCUGUUUUAAAGAUCUUAUGUGGUUUCUCGAGAUUGCUCUGGGCACAAAAUGGCUUGUGGUGCAGCUGGUCAGGAAAUGAAGGCUACUGAAGAAGUGCAAAAGAUUGUCGACGAGGUGAAGAGCCAAGCCGAAGCAAAAGCUGGUACAACAUUCAAUGAAUUUAAAGCCAUUUCUUACAGAGUUCAAGUUGUAGCUGGUCAAAAUUACUUUGUGAAGGUGAAAGUGGGUGACUCUUCUUAUAUUCAUUUGCGCAUUUAUCAAACUUUACCGCACGAUGGAUCAAGACUUGAGUUAACAGCCAUCAAGACUGGAUUGUCAGAGGGAGACAGCUUGGAUUACUUUUAAAUUUACUUCACAAUGUAGCUUUAUUGACCAAUUAAAGUAACAGUAAUUUAGCUAGGCACCAAAGCAUGUCAGAGUAUAAUUAUAAUUUUUUCUUAAUUUGAUGUACCUUUUUAUAGUUGAUUGCACUGUAUGCUUAACAGGUCACAGGACCUCAUAAAAUAAAUUUGACAUACUUUUACUUCUUAAUGAAGAUGGAAUACCACAAACAUUUACAAAUAAAGGACUACAUUAACUCUCUUCCUUAAGUUAUCCAAUAAAAUUAUCCAAAUGAGAAGGACA